GACUACAUACAGAUAAGUGGUGUAUAUGUGGAUGCCAAAACUUGGCUCGGUGUGAUUACACGUAUAUAUUAUUAGUUAAUUUUUACAGAACUGCGCACUUAUAAAGCCAAAAUCUUCCAAUUACUGAUCUUUUGCUGUGCGAGUUUCACGAAUUCAUCAGCAAAAUGGAGAACGGGUUGAAUCUGAAGGCAAUGGAUGCAGAUCAACUAAGAGAACAUGGCCACAAGAUGGUUGAUUUCAUUGCCGAUUACUACAAAACUAUCGAGAGUUUCCCUGUUCUCAGCCAAGUUGAGCCAGGAUAUCUGCGGAAGCUUCUUCCCGAUUCUGCACCAGUACAGCCCGAAUCCUUGCAAGCAGUUCUUGAAGAUGUUCAAACGAAGAUAAUGCCAGGGGUCACCCACUGGCAAAGUCCGGACUAUUUUGCCUACUUCCCCUCUAACAGCAGUGUUGCAGGGUUUCUUGGAGAAAUGCUGAGUGCAGGAAUUAACAUGGUGGGGUUUAGUUGGAUAACUUCUCCAGCUGCUACAGAACUUGAAAUGAUCGUUCUUGAUUGGCUUGCUAAUAUGCUCAAACUUCCUGAUGAUUUCCUUUCCACAGGGGCAGGUGGUGGUGUAAUUCAGGGGACAGCAAGUGAAGCUCUUCUUGUUGUGCUUUUGGCUGCUCGUGAUAAAGUUUUAAGAGAGGUUGGUAAGGAUGCACUUGGAAGGCUUGUGGUUUAUGCUUCUGAUCAAACUCAUUCUUCUUUACAGAAAGCAUGCCAAAUAGCAGGAAUCUACCCGGAGAAUUGUAAGCCGAUAAGAACAGAAAUCUGCAAUGAGUAUGCUCUUUCUCCUGAAUCACUCACUGAUUCAAUCUCACAUGACGUUGCCUCUGGUUUAAUCCCUCUUUUCCUUUGUGCUACAGUAGGGACUACAUCAUCUACAGCUGUGGAUCCUUUGCUAGCACUUGGAAAGAUUACCAAGAGGUAUGGAAUAUGGUUUCAUGUGGAUGCUGCUUAUGCUGGAAGUGCUUGUAUUUGCCCAGAAUAUCGACAUCAUUUGAAUGGAAUUGAAGAAGCCGACUCAUUUAACAUGAAUUGCCAUAAAUGGUUCUUAACAAACUUUGAUUGUUCAGCACUAUGGAUAAAGGACCGACAUGCUCUGAUUCAAUCUUUAUCAACAAAUCCUGAGUUUUUAAAGAACAAAGCUUCUCAAGGUGGUACAGUUGUCGAUUACAAAGAUUGGCAAAUUCCUCUUGGACGCAGAUUCAGAUCAUUGAAAUUGUGGAUGGUGUUACGGCUUUAUGGGGUUGAAAAUCUUCAGUCUUAUAUACGAAACCAUAUUGACUUGGCUAAGCAUUUUGAACAUCUUGUUUCUCAAGAUCCACGCUUUGAGAUGGUUGCCACAAGGACAUUUUCGUUAGUUUGCUUUCGUGUUGUACCUGCCAACAAAAAUGAAGAUUAUGUGAACAAAGUCAACCGUGAACUUUUGGAUGCUGUCAACUCAUCAGGAAAGAUCUUCAUCUCCCAUACGGUUCUAUCGGGAAAAUAUGUCUUACGAUUUGUGGUAGGAGCUCCAUUGACGGAAGAGAGGCAUGUUAUUGAAGCUUGGAAGCUUUUUCAAGAAACAGCCUCUACUCUUUUAAAGAAUUAAUUCAUUCCCAAACAAAUAAAUAUUAUUCUUCAAAACAUUUGAUUUCUGCAGCAAUUGAUUAUGAAGAAAUAUCUUCAUGAACUUGUUGACAAGUGUAAUUUGUUCUGAUAUAUAAAUCAUAUGGAAGUUUAUUUUUUCA